ACUUGAUACUUUGAUCGAAACUAAACAUGAAGAUAAUUGUCUCCAUCUUAGUCCUAGCCUCACUUCUUCUAGUCACUUCAUCUCUUGCUUCAGCUACUUUCUCAGAUGCUUUUGGUAGCGGCGCGGUAGCUCCAGCGCCGCAGAUGAAAGAUGGACCGGUGUUAGAGAAAUGGUGUGGACAGAAGUGUGAAGGGAGAUGCAAAGCAGCAGGGAUGAAAGAUCGAUGUUUGAAGUAUUGUGGGAUAUGUUGUAAAGAUUGUCAAUGUGUUCCUUCAGGGACUUAUGGGAACAAACAUGAGUGUGCUUGCUAUCGUGACAAGCUCACUAACAAAGGCACUCCAAAAUGUCCUUAACUGAUUCUACUACUUCUUUCCAACCAAUUUUUUUUUUUUGAAUAAAUAAAAUGAGAGAGAUCUAGUGAACAUGAUGAAUGGAUCUUUUGCAUAUGAGUCUUUUUUUCUU